AUUUGGCAACCACCAGAAGGCAGAAGGAUGCCGCAGUUACACGUGCGUGGAUUAAACACUCACGUCCUGGAAGUUACUCCAGGACAGAAGGUCGGUGAUGUGAAACACAUGCUCGCCCAGGCCGAGUCAUUCGACCCGGCGGUUCCGCUUGUGCUCUGGUGCGAGGGACAUCUGCUGACCGAUGAGCAAUCGGUGCUGGAACUGAGCUCACACGAGCUGGACCUGACCGUCGGACUGCUGGGUGGCAAGGUCCACGGUUCGCUGGCCCGUGCCGGCAAGGUCAAGGGCCAGACGCCAAAGGUGGAGAAAAAGGAGAAGAAAAAGAAGAAGACCGGCCGUGCCAAGCGACGCAUCCAGUACAAUCGGCGCUUCUCGUCGGUGGUACAGGCGUACGGUAGACGCCGUGGACCGAACGCCAACUCGGCCUAAGACUUCCCGGCAAGUGUCCGCUCUUCGCGCUCUUGUUGUAACUGAGCACCCGACAACCAAGUUACGAUUUGUUCAAUAAACAGCAUUUGUUGCGUUUGCUCGUCCGUCACUGGAGAUCCGGAUCCGGGGGAGUGAAGAGUGAACAAAAUGAAGUAAACAACCAAUGUGCACUCUGUUCAGGAUUGUGGGAUGAUUUCGCUCCGACGACGUUCCGACGUUUUGCAUCCGAAAGAUCAUUCAAUUAAAACGUACCUAUCCUAGUUCACAUUGUAGUGUAAUAACAGCAAACUUAGAAUGCCGGAACCGUUUUCUGUAAAGCUUUUUUAUUCAGUGCAAAACCACACGUUCAAUACAGAUAUUAAAAUGUCUUUUCUUGCUCCCUUUGUCAGGAUUUUAUAUUUUUAAUAAAUAAUGCGAUGACGUGUA